AUGUUGCGGAAAAGCCACUGCUACUUGGGCCAGACUUCCGAAACCGCGGCACUCAUUGCAGCAGGCAUCAGGAUGAUGUUCAGCUGGCUGACUGUAGACAGGGAGGACGCAGACGCCGUCAAUGUCCUUGAAGAGAAUGCGGACCGCAUCAUGAGCCGCGGCUGGCAGCGCCUCUCUGAUGGGCGCGCCCAAGAGGCUGCAGACGAGUUCGCCAAGGCCAUAUCCCUGGACCCGACGUGCGCUACCGCUCACAAUAACUGCGGCAUUGCACUGGAUAUCUUGGGGCAGCGCGAGGAGGCCAAGAAGUACUACGAUGAGGCAGACCGGCUGGCCACCGACGCUGCACUGUGCCAGAGUCUUUUGCUGACCCGGAAGUGGAAGCCCAUCGGAUGGCAAGCCAAGGGUGAGCCCAAAGCCCAGACGGCGGCGGCAGAGGCAGACUUCCUCCUAUCCUUCGCCACGCCGGAUGCGAUGGAGAACAAUCGAAUCUUGACAGCGCUCAGCGAAGCCGUUCGCUUCGGCGACACCAUCCGCCCUGUCACGUUCUGCCAUGACCGCUCGCUGGGGAUGGGCCUGCACGUGGUGGACGGACAUGCACGUGGCCGGCACGACUCGAAGUUUGCAGACCUGGAUGAGGAGCGCCACUUCGGCGAGUUCCCACGCUGGUUCGAGCACUAUCGGCAGGCAGCUGAAGCCACCAAGUACGGUAUCCUGCUCCUGCAACUGACCGAGGGCUACUUCAAGUCGAAGGCCUGCCGAUGGGAGUUUGGGUACCUCCGGAAACCGGAGCUGAUGCAUGUCUUCGUUUGGGACAUCCAGGGCCCCCGGGUCAUCUCCUGGCAGGAGCUCAUGGCAACUGCCAGCCUCUGUAAACGAGCCUUCGGAAGGGGGCUGCCGCUAGAUGAAGAUCUGACGGCUGUGGUACAGAGGGCACCGGAGGAACUCAAGACUUUGCUCUAUGUCGACAGCGCCGCUUCACUAGUCGAGGCCCAGGAGCAUCAGGCGUGGUGCGAGCUGCCCCUCAGGGAAGUCUGCUAUGCACUGGCGCGAGACAGUUCUGGCGAGCAAAGUGAACUUUGCAUGACAGCAAAGCAUGUUCUGGCCAAGAUCUUCCUUGACACAGGACAGGCCGCAAGAGCUCGAGAUCUUUGGAGCAGCCUCUUAGCGACCAAGAAGGAGCAUUAUGGGGCAGAUCAUGUGGAACUGGCCGAGACACUUCAUAGCUUGGGCUGUGCUCAUGGGCAGCUCGGGGACUAUGUUACUAAGAAGGACCUCCUCGAGCAGGCUCUGAGAAUCAGGGUGCAGCACUAUGGGCCUGAACAUGUGGAGGUGGCAAAGACACUCAACAAUUUGGGAACUGCCUUUGGAGAUCUCGGAGAUUGUCUGAAGAAGAAGGAGCUCGUUGAGCAGGCGUUCAAUAUCGAGGUGCAGCACUAUGGGCCAGAACAUGUGGAGGUAGCCAAAGUACUCAACAAUUUGGCAAGUGCCUUUGGAGAGCUUGGAGACUAUGCCAGGAUGAAGGAGCUCCUGGAGCAGGCGCUGCCGAUCAAGGUGCAGCACUACGGGCCGGAACAUGUGGAGGUGGCAAGUGCUCUCAACAAUUUGGGAAUUGCUUACGGACAACUCGGAGAUUAUGUCAAGACAAAGGAGCUCCUGAAGAAAGCGCUGGCUAUCAGACGGCAACACUACGGGCCGGACCAUUUAGAAGUGGCACUGACGCUCGAAAAUUUGGGCACCGCUUGUGGAUCACUGGGAGACCAUGUCCAGCAGAAGGACCUCCUAGAGCAGACGCUCACAAUCAAGGUGCAGAAAUAUGGGUCUGAACAUGUGGAGGUGGCAAAGACAAUGGCCAACUUGGGCAAUGCCUUCGGAGAUCUCGGGGACCAGGUCAAGAAGAAAGAGCUAAAUGAGCAGGCGUUCAAUAUCGAGGUGCAGCACUAUGGGCCAGACCAUGUGCAGGUGGCAAAGACACGCUACAAUUUGGCAAGUGCCUAUGGGAAGCUUGGUGACUAUGCCAAGAUGAAGGAGCUCCUGGAGCAGUCGCUCCCAAUCAUGGCGCAGCACUACGGGCCAGAACAUGUGGAGGUGGCAAUGACUCGCAUCAACUUGGGCAAUGCUUAUGGGCUGCUGCUAGGAGACUAUGAUAAGACGAAGGACCUCGUGCAACAGGGUCUCGAGGUCAUGGUAAAACACUUCGGAGAGAAACACUUGGAAGUGGCAAAGACACUUACCAUUUUGGGAUUUGCCUAUGGAGAGCUCGGAGACCACGUCAAGAAGAAGGACGUCCUGGAGCAGGCUCUCACAAUCAGGGUGCAGGAGUGUGGGCCUGAGCAUGUGGAGGUGGCAAAGACACGCUACAAUUUGGCAAGUGCAUAUGGAGAGGUUGGAGACUAUGCCAGGAUGAAGGAGCUCCUGGAGCAGGCGCUGGAGAUCAAGGUGCAGCACUAUGGGCCAGAACAUGUGGAGGUGGCACAGACACUCAACAAUUUGGGAAUUGCCUUUGGAGAGCUUGGAGACCAGGUCAAGAAGAAGGGGCUCCUGGAGCAGGCGCUGAAGAUCAAGGUGCAGCACUAUGGGCCGAAAGAUGCAGAGGUUGCUGGAGCACUGAGCAAUCUGGCUGGUACCCACAUGAAGAUGGGGGAGCCCCGCAGGGCUCAGAAGCUGCUAGUGUUGGCACUGGCCACCUAUGAGCAAACCUGCGGUGCGGAGCAUCCGCAUUCCAAAAGGGCACAGCGCGCCCUCCAAAUCGUGGAAGAUAAUUUGCAGCACCGCGCAGUAGAGUUUGGCGCCGCUCUUGUGGAGCAGGCGCGGGGAUUUUCUGGCUCGCAGUACGCAAACCUGGUCGCCGACCAAGGCAACAUCCAGCUUCAGAUCGAACUGCUGCAGAGUGUUCUGAAGGUGGAGGAGCAGACGCAAGGGUCGGAGAGUCUGGAAGUUGCAGAGACUCUGAAAGCGCUGGGACACCUCUACCGUGAGGCGGGCGAGCUCGCGCUACAGGAGGAAUCAUGGGAACGCUGUCUGCAGAUCCGGACACAACAUCUUGGCACAGACCACGCCGAUUUGGCAGCCCUCCAGUCCGCACUCGCUGAGCUUGAAGCUGCACAGGUGGAAAGCCUAAUGGGAGGAAUUUCAGAUGGUUCAGACAAGGCAGUUUUCGUCAUUUUGCACCCCAACAGCUAG